AUGAUCGCUCAAACUAUCUUCACCGCUGCUAUCGUCGCUGCUGCUUCAGCUGGCUGGGAAUCAAAGACUGGCUCAUGUAACACCGGCUCCAUCCAAUGUUGUGACCUUAACAAGAAGGUUCAAGACAGCACUGGUAAAAACGACGCUCUCAUCUCAACUGGUGACAUUGCUUCUCAAAUUGGUGUCCAAUGUGACCAAAUUCCAUUACUAAUUGGUAUUGCCAUCGAGGAUGAGUGCAAGAACACUCCAGUCUGUUGUGAAGGCUUUGACGAUGAAUCACUUAUCGGUCUUGGCUGUAACGCCCUCCCACUCAUCUAA